GCGCAUGCCUGGUACUUUUCGCACGUGUGGUGAACGUUCAGACUGACUGCAUGCAGCAGAGCUUACAGAGUUAGAGACGCUGUUAAAUAUUAGGUAAAAGAAACUUAUCCUGCGGUUUUUUUUCUGCUUUCUCAGAGCUAAGAGAGAAACAAGGAGUCCUCCGUGAAGCACUUCGCCGAGAGGGCCGGAAAACUUGGACAUAUAUUGCAAUGACUGAACCACAAGUGAACCCGAAGGCCUACCCGCUGGCCGACGCUACUCUGACCAAAACCAUCCUGGACCUGGUGCAGCAAGCGUCCAACUACAAACAGCUGAGGAAGGGAGCCAAUGAGGCCACUAAAACCUUGAACAGAGGCAUCGCCGAGUUCAUCGUCAUGGCAGCCGACGCCGAGCCGCUGGAGAUCAUCCUCCACCUGCCGCUGCUGUGCGAGGACAAGAACGUGCCGUACGUGUUUGUGCGCUCCAAACAGGCGCUGGGCCGGGCCUGCGGCGUGUCCCGGCCCGUCAUUGCUACCUCGGUCACCAUAAAGGAGGGCUCCCAGCUCAAGCCCCAGAUUCAGUCGGUUCAGAUGGCCAUCGAGAGACUGCUGGUGUGAUCUGACAGCAGCUCUGCUGGUUGAUGGGUCCAUCCACUCUGUCCUUAUGUUGGAUUAUUUAAACAUUUGGCAUUUUUUAAACGUAUUGCAUGAUUUUUUUGUUUUGUUUUGUUUUUAUUUGUAGGACCAUCAUCUGUAUCUUAAUAAAUUUUAUUUUAUUUUUUACAACUUGUUUAAAAAUUUUUUAAUUGAAAUGUCAGCCUAACUAAAAAUGUUGCUUUCAUAAAUCAAAAGUACUUUCCCAUGCUAGUGAGUACGGCAGACUAUUAAGGCCAUUGCAGAUGUAAUAUAUUUUUGCUGAAAAACUCCAAAAAGAUUUUGGAUUAAUCUCAGAAUUUUUCUGCAAAAAACUUGGAAAUUUCAAAGUUGGAAAAUGUCAAACGUUUUGAAACUCCGAAUUUUUUUCUUCUGAGACGAAUCUCAAAAUUUCAGAGUUGCAGCGACCCUCAUUCUGUUGUAGACAGGCAAUAGAAACAAAGUGUUUAUGAAUGUUUCUUUUACACUUGUUAAUGAUGACAUGAGUUGAAAUUAAUAUGUAAUGUGAAAAUCAAAUCAUCUUUCACAUUAAAUGUUGAAAUUGGAUUACA